CUCGGAAAACUUCUCUUUUUCGAUCAGCCGCCCACCCGCAGCCUGUUCAAUCCUAGUCAUAUAACGGAAAGAUGGUGCAGUACAACUUUAAGAAGAUCACUGUGGUUCCUUCAUGCAAGGACUUCAUCGACAUCGUCCUCUCUCGUACACAAAGGCAAACACCGACUGUCGUCCACAAGGGAUAUGCCAUCAACCGUAUCCGCCAAUUUUACAUGAGGAAGGUGAGGUACACGCAAGAAAACUUCAGUGAGAAACUCUCAGCCAUCAUUCUCGAGUUCCCUCGGUUAGAUGACAUCCAUCCUUUUUAUGGCGAUCUCCUCCAUGUUCUUUAUAACAAGGACCACUAUAAGCUUGCACUCGGCCAAAUUAACACCGCAAAGAACAUCAUUACAAAAAUUUCAAAAGACUAUGUAAAGCUGCUUAAAUAUGGUGAUUCUCUCUAUCGGUGCAAAUGCUUGAAGGUUGCUGCCCUUGGUCGGAUGUCAACUGUUAUAAAGCGCAUAGGCCCUAGCUUGGCGUAUUUAGAGCAGAUACGGCAACACAUGGCAAGACUCCCUUCGAUCGACCCCAAUGAGCGUACAAUAUUGAUUUGUGGAUACCCAAAUGUCGGCAAGAGCUCUUUUAUCAACAAGAUUACGAGGGCUGAUGUGGACGUUCAGCCAUAUGCUUUCACUACCAAAUCUCUCUUUGUUGGCCAUACUGAUUACAAGUAUCUACGUUACCAAGUGAUUGAUACUCCUGGGAUUCUCGACCGUCCAUUUGAGGACAGGAAUAUUAUAGAAAUGUGCAGCAUUACAGCCUUGGCUCAUUUGAGGUCAGCAGUGCUCUUUUUCCUCGACAUUUCAGGAUCUUGUGGGUACACCAUAGCACAGCAAGCUGCUUUGUUCCACAGUAUCAAAUCACUAUUCAUGAACAAACCACUGAUCAUUGUUUGCAACAAGAUUGAUCUACAACCACUUGACGCACUUCCUGAAGAGGACAGGAAGCUGGUUAUGGAGAUGAAGUCUGAGGCAGCAAAGACUAUAGUUGCACAAGGUGGGGAUGUGAAAGAUGACAAUGUCUUGCUCUCUAUGAGUACUUUAACUGAAGAUGGAGUGAUUGCCGUUAAGAAUGCUGCCUGUGAUAGACUUUUGGACCAAAGAGUGCAGAUAAAGAUGAACUCAAAGAGGAUGAGCAGCUGCUUGAACCGGUUUCAUGUUGCAGAGCCAAAGCCUCGAGACAACAAGGAGCGACCACCGUGCAUCCCUCAGGCAAUUCUUGAAGCCCGUGCGAAGAAAAGUGCGGAGAAGGAGAAGAGGAAGCUUGAAAAGGAUUUGGAGGAGGAGAAUGGUGGUGCUGGUGUAUACUCUGCUAGUCUCAAGAAACAUUACAUAUUAGCCAAUGACGAGUGGAAGGAGGACAUAAUGCCUGAGAUUUUAGAUGGACAUAAUGUAUAUGAUUUCGUUGAUCCUGACAUUUUGCAGAGAUUGGAGGAGUUGGAGCAUGAAGAGGGGAUGCGAAUGGAAUCAGAGGGAGUUGAAGUUGAGAUGGAUGGAUUGGAUUUGGAGUUGACCCCCGAGGAGAAAGAGGCUCUAGCUGCUAUCAGGAGAAAGAAGAGCUUGAUGGUCCAGGAGCAUAGAAUAAAGAAGAGUACAGCUGAGAGCAGACCCAUUGUACCUAGAAAAUUCGACAAGGAUAGGAAAUUCACAUCUGAGAGGAUGGGGAGGCAACUUUCUUCUCUUGGCAUGGAUCCAUCUGCUGCCAUUGAUCGUGUCCGUGGGAGGUCUCUAUCAAGAAAAGGCCGUAAGAGAGAUAGAUCAUUGGCUAAUGAUGAUAAUGGAAGUGAAGCUAUGGAUGUUGAUGAUGGCGAUGGAUCGAACAAGAAGAUGAGAAUUAGGUCUAGGUCAAGGUCCAUGUCAAUGUCUAGGUCAAGAUCACGAUCACGACCUCCUGGUGAAGUUGUGCCUGGAGAAGGAUUUAAGGACUCGGCACAGAAGCUCACAGCACUCAAGAUUGCUAAGAAAUCUGUGAAGAUGAGGAAUAAGGAUGCUCGACGAGGAGAGGCGGAUAGAGUCAUUCCUAACUUGAAGCCAAAGCAUCUGUUUUCAGGAAAGAGGUCAAUCGGAAAGACUCAGAGACGUUAAGGAAGCAAUUUUCGUCAAAGAACAAGAGAUGCGUUUACUUCUUUGGAAUUUUUGUUUGAGAGCAGUUUUGUUUAGUCUAUGUUGAUUGUUGUUUUUUAUAUUCCCCUUAUCACUCAUGUAGCUUAUUUAAGGUACCUACUAUGGAGGUUUUUCUUAUUGAAGGAUUGAAGGAUUGUUUCGGUAAGAUAAAAUGAUAGUAUUUGAAUGGUUUUUUUUUUCCUUUCAGCUUUGUUAAAGUUGGAACUUUGUGAUAUGUGUAAUGACUUUGUUCAGGGACUUGUAUCCUGUUACGUGUGAUCAUGUCUAUGAAGACGUCCAUCCAUUGUUGAAGGUUUGAACCAAGUCGCCAAAUGAUGAGAUUUCCAUGCAGAUAGCAUCUUGGAUUGUAUUUA